AUGUGUUCGUACCAGCAGCAUGACUGGAGCUCCUACUAUUCCGUGUUGGACUUUCGAGACUUCGGGCAGAGCCUGUCCCGACUGGAGCGUUCUGUCGAGUCCUUGCGACUUGGCGCCCAUCCUUCGAUGCCGUCGAUGCCUUUGAACCCCUUGAAGGAUCGAAUCUCGCAGAGCUCGGGCAUCGCUCCUUUGAAGGAGGCGCGGGCCAAGCUAGGGGAGCAGUCCCCGUCGCAGCUCAGCGAGCGGACGGACAGUACUCCGUCCAUGUACAAGAUGAUGGACCUGCUGGAGGAGCACACGGCGCGGAAGUUGCGGGGGAAGCUGCGUCGAGGCAAGUCUACUUUGGCCAGUGUGGAGUCAGUCGGUUCCGUUGACUUCCGGCGAGAGCUCGCCCAGGCGAGCCCCAAGGGCAGCUCAGACUCGACGCCCGCCGCCCCGGUGCCCCCUUUUCACAAAACCAGCUCCUUCUCCUGCGUGUCGGUGGACGAGCCGGUACAGCCGGCACCCAACACAAGGAGCGUCGUGCUGCGGACUGGCGCUCUGGGACCGACUGCAAGCAAGCAGGACAUGGUCCGCCUCUUGCGACGCAAGUCGCUCGAUGAGCUGCGGGCCAGUCAUGACGCGAUCAUCACGGCCACGGCGCCGCAGAAGGACGACGUCAUCUUCGCCCCCCGGCUGCCGCCGUCGCUGGCGGAGGCCCGACUGUCAGCGCUCUCGAGGACUGGCUGGCUCCUCCUUUCCCUGGUGGGCAUCUUAGACUUCUUUGAGGGCGCUGCCUGGCGGCUGCUUACUCGCUGCAUCCUGCUGCUGCAGAUGCUGGGACUGGCGGCCUUGGCCUUCGUCCUCGGGAGCUGGCGCGGCCCAGUGGCCGAGAUCGAGCCGCUGAUCACCACGGCCCUGUACCUUUUGGGAGCCUUGAUGGCCACCUUGAGCCUGCGGAGGUCGCACAUCACAAGACUGCUGGGGCCUGCGGAACAUGUUCUCGAUGAGUAUGCCGCAGACUGCGACUUCCUCGAUGACUGGAGGAAGCUGUCGCAAGCGCGGCUUUGGCAGAUAGGCAGCUUCUUCGUGCUGAUGCUGGGUAGCCGCUCAGCGGCGCUGUUCCUCACGAGCGACCCGGGCUAUGGGAAGCUGGUGCGCGACCCCGUCGUGGAUGGCGCUACCAUGGUAGCCUUCACUGUCAUGGCGGCAUGCUACUCGACCACAUGCUUCUGUACCCUGCAUCUUACGGCCGGCCUGGAGCUGGCCGUGGACAGCUUCGCCGUGCGGUGCUUCCAGAACGGGAGCGCGGCGGAGGCGGUCCUGGAUUGGAACGUCGUGCAGGCGACCCUGCGACAGACGUCGGGGAAGCUGAGCGACUUCCUCGUUGUCUUGGCUACCUCCUGCAUUGCAGCCUCGAUCCUCUUCGCCUAUCAGGUGGUCUCCCUGAACCUCUCUGCCUCCGGCUUCGCUUUUCUGGACAUCCUCCUGUGGACGGGGUGGCUCUACCCACCGGUGCUCCUCUUCCUCUACACGCUCUCUAGUGCGGCUGCAGUCACCGGCAAGGUGGAUCGAUUAGCGCCCUUGGUGAACUCAUGGGCCUUCGACGACACGGAGGUGCUGGACGACGCACGGCGGUACGUCGUCCAGUACAUCUUGGACAGCCAGGCAGGAUUCUACACCAGAGGGGUGCGGGUGACGGCCUUCAGCGUCCAGAAGAUCUGUUACUACUUUGCUGCUGGGUCCUUCACGCUUUUGGCCAACCUCUGGCAGUAA